UUUUCUUCAGCUGGGUCACACACACAAACUCCCCAGCCUUUUAGUGUUGACACCAGGGACACCCCGGUGUCUGAGUGAGAUACACAGCAAUAGCCCAGCUGGAAAAACAACCAGCCUCUCCAAGCCUCUAAUCCUCUUCUGACCUGCAAGAAAACAUGACAGACUCAUCUACCAACAUGCGGCUGAAGCUGCCAAUUGUCUGCUUCAUCCUGGAAAUCAUUCUCAUCAUCCUCUUUGGUGUGCUGGUGGAGUAUGACCAUGACACAGAUGCAAAGCUAUUUAAUGGGAAAACUCCAAACUCUCAUGGCCAUGGUGGGCAUGCUACUGGGACGUCUCGUAACUCUACACCUCAAACAGCUCAUAACGACUAUGAGAAUGACUUCUACUACCGCUAUCCAAGUUUCCAGGAUGUGCACGUCAUGAUUUUCAUCGGCUUUGGUUUCCUCAUGACCUUCCUUCAACGCUACGGCUUCAGCAGUGUGGGCUUCAAUUUUCUUAUUGCAGCCUUUUCUCUGCAGUGGGCCACUCUCAUGCAAGGCUUCUUCCAUGGCCUGCAUGAUGGGAAGAUCGCCAUUGGGGUUGAAAGUAUGAUUAAUGCAGAUUUCUGCACCGGUUCUGUGCUGAUUUCCUUCGGAGCAGUUUUGGGUAAAACCAGCCCAAUCCAGCUGCUGAUUAUGGCCAUUUUCGAGGUCACGCUGUUUGCUGUCAAUGAGUUUAUCUUACUCAGCCUUCUAGGAACUAGAGACGCUGGAGGCUCCAUGACCAUCCACACAUUUGGAGCCUACUUUGGCCUGAUGGUGACCAGAGUCUUAUACCGACCCAACCUUGACAAGAGCAAACACAAGAACUCGUCUGUCUACCACUCUGACAUGUUUGCUAUGAUAGGUACCAUCUACCUGUGGAUGUUCUGGCCCAGCUUCAACUCUGCCAUCACAGAACAUGGAGACCCCCAGCACCGUACAGCCAUGAACACCUACUACUCCCUGGCUGCCUGCACUAUGUCUACGUACGCCAUGUCUUCUCUCACAGCUCAUGACGGAAAGCUGGACAUGGUGCACAUUCAGAAUGCAGCCCUGGCUGGAGGAGUCGCAGCAGGAACAGCUGGUGAAAUGAUGCUCACGCCGUUCGGCUCCAUGAUUGUCGGUUUUUUGGCAGGAAUCAUCUCCGUUCUUGGGUUCAAGUACCUCUCGCCCAUCCUGGAGGAAAAGCUAAAGAUCCAAGACACCUGUGGGGUCCACAAUCUGCACGGCAUGCCCGGCAUUCUGGGAGCCAUUGUUGGAGCCGUCACCGCUGCUGCUGUUCCCAAGGAUGUAUAUGGAGACGGUUUGAAAAAAGUUUUCCCUGAUGUGGCAAGUGGAAGUAGAGACACGUCUUAUCAGGGCGGCAUGCAGGCAAUUUCCCUUGCAAUCACCUUGGGUAUUGCUCUUCUUGGAGGACUUAUUGUUGGUUUCAUUCUGAAGCUGCCGGUGCUCGGUGCUCCUCGCGAUAAUGCCUGCUUUGAGGACAACGUCUACUGGGAGGUUCCAGGGGAAGAGCAUCAUCAUCAUCAGGAGGAGCUAACUACUGUGAGGACAGAGGAGGUUGAGAAGCUCAACACUUAGAGAAUAGAUCCACUGAAACUGAGAAACACAGACCCAAUCAGAGGUUUUAACAGCACUUGAAAGCCUACAGGCUCAAAAAUAUUCAUUACGCUCAUUCCAGCUGUCAAGUUGUUUAUACAUGUGAAACAUGAUACAUUAUUAUUCAAUUCAGACUAGAACAGAAAAACAUAAGAGCAAAUAUUGUUUUUUUUCUUGUUAAUAGAGAAAACCACCAGAGGUCAAUCUAGAGCUGUAUCUGUGAAUACGCUGCAAUGAUAAAGGAUGUGUUAUUGAAUUAAAAGCUGAUUCACUGUAGUGAAAAGAAUCAUGUGACCGAAUUACACUUCUACUGUCAGCUCCAACCAAAGUAAAAUGUUAUAUAAACCCAGAUGUUUUCACUGAACUUAAUUCCUUCAGUCUGGAUGAGAGAAUUUUCAGACUUUUCAUUUAAUCUGAGGAACGUUUUCAGGCUGUGAGAUAAUUCUGUUUUACUUUUGAUUUUAUUAGGUUUAGAGUUUUAUACAGUUUUACUUCUCAUAUGAAAGUAUUUGCAGUUGUAUACUUUAUUUUUAUGAUCUUCUAACUUGACCUAAGCCAACAUGACAAUGGAUGUUGGCUACAUUGACUGUUUUAAGGAAAUACUUUUAAAAUACUGUGUUUAAUUUUGUUUUGGGCCAAAAAAUAAAAUCUUUAAAUUGUU